AUGCAUUUGGCCAUGUUCGCUCGGUGGGCUUUAGCCCUGACUAUGGCUCCGGCUCUGGCGACUGCCAUGGGCAUUUUAUCUUCGCCAUUCAAACGGGAGUUGAAGCUUAUGGCUGAAAUGGGUCUCGACCCAGAUGUCUUGUUGAGCCAGAAAGGAUCCGUACAUGCAAUCGCUGACAACUUGACUGAUGAGGUUAUUGCUGAAUAUGCUUCGAUUCCCAUUGACCAUACCGAUUCGUCCGUCGGUACCUACAAGAAUCGCUUUUGGGUGCAGGAUAAAUACUACGUCGAGGGUGGACCGGUCUUUGUUUACGAUGUGGGCGAAUCCAAUGCAGAGAGCUCAGCUAAGCUUCAAUUGGGGAAUGAAACCUCGUUUUUCGCUUCGAUGCUACAGGAGCAUAGCGCAAUGGGAGUUGUUUGGGAGCAUCGAUACUACGGCGAUUCGCUUCCUUUCCCAAUCACCAACAACACGCCUCCGGAACACUGGAUCUAUCUCACGAACGCGCAGGCUCUAGCUGAUAUACCUUACUUCGCGCAAAACUUCACCCGCCCUACCUACAAAAAUGUUGAGUUAGUGCCAUCGGCCACUCCAUGGGUCAUGGUUGGAGGAUCAUAUUCUGGAAUGCGCGCGGCAUUCACGCGACACAAUUAUCCCGAGACAAUCUUCGCGUCCUAUGCAUCAUCCGCACCAGUGCAGGCUCGAGUCGACAUGAGCGUAUAUUUUGAUCAGGUCUAUGAUGGCAUGGUUGCCAAUGGGCAUCUGAACUGCACUAAGGAUAUCAAGGCUGCAAUGGAAUAUAUUGACGCAGAAUUGUCGAAGAACAGUUCAUCUUCAGCUGCCAUCAAGAAGCAAUUCUUCGGCACUGGUGCGGAGAAAAACAGCAGAGGAGACUUCACUGCAGCGAUCGCAGGCAUUUUCGGGUACUUUCAAGCAUAUGGUCUUGGUGGUGGAGACGGCAGUCUUGGAUCAUUCUGCGAACACCUUGAGACUGACAACGAGACUCUGACAAUUGCUGGUGCAAACGGAUUUGCGCCCUACAAAGGCAAAGAAUACGUCGUGAAGCGAUUUGCAUCCUGGCCAAUUUUCAUCGACCUUAUCAACUUCAAUUACGAAACCAACUGCGACCACCGCGACAAGAACCAAACAUCCUCAUGUGUGCUCAAUCCCAAGUCUCCGGAUGCAGACACAAUCAGCUGGACAUGGCAGUUCUGCACAGAGUGGGGAUAUUAUCAGAGCAACAAUAUUGGUCCACACUCGCUCUUAUCUCGCUAUCAAUCACUGGAGUACAUGCAAUACACCUGCAACCGACAGUUUCCCGAGGCUGUGAAAAGUGGCCUCUUACCCAAACGCCCCCUGGUCGAAGCCACGAACAACCAAACCGGAGGCUGGACAAUCCGCCCUUCAAAUGUGUACUGGAGCGGAGGUCAGUUUGAUCCGUGGCGAACACUGUCUCCCCUUGCCACGGAAAGCAUUGCCCCGCAAAGUGUUUCUUUCACGACGGAGAUCCCCAAGUGCAACGUGGAGACGGCUGAGGACACAGUCUUCGGUUAUAUCAUGCCCAAUGCCGAGCACUGCUUUGAUUUCCAUAUGAAUUUCGCACCUGGCAAGAUCUCACGUGGAUAUUUUCACAAGGCAUUGAACGAGUGGUUACCCUGUUUCAAUGGGACUGCCACUAAUGCAGGCCGCGGUCAAUAG